GUUUCCUCAAUAAAAUCUCCAUUUACUCUGGUAGAAAGACCAAGCGGCCAACCUUGCUUUACGAACCACAGCACGGCCAACACUAUCUCUACGCCCAUCAUCUUCGCCAUAUUCGCCACGGCUUGCGCCAGUGCCCUGAUGCCGGUGUUCUUCCUCAUCCGGCAGGCGCUGCCCGACAUUCCCACAGGUAGUCCGCGACCUUGUGUUCAGGUCUUCCGUGUACUUGAGUAGUCAAGCGUUAGCCGAAGCCCAGAAGUGCUCACCCAGCAGGCGGGGACGUGCGCCAGCUCCUCCCUACUCUUCAAAUCAGCUGUUUCGGAUAUCCUUACUUGGAUGGAAAACAUUGUCUUCUUAAAGAUCAAUCUAGACUUACAGGUCCCCUGAAGCAGAUCCUGGCCGAACCCUCAAGCUUUUGUUGAUUUAUCUCGACCAUGGCAGGAGGGUAGGGACUGGUUAGGGGUGCUUUGACCGUCAGUGUAUUCAGAGACUACCAAUGUAUCCUUGGGACCACAAGACCGACUGUUGGGGAGAAUCGAGAAUGGCGUAUGAAUGGCGAUGUGCCGAGUUCCCAAACCACCCACUGUUAGGCAUCCGUCGACCCGAGAGCACCAGUCUGGAGCGCUAUCUCGGGGUGAGUUAAGCGCCGCUGUGCCGCAGGUGGGAUAGUUAGACCCUGUCAGGUGCUGACAUGUAGAUGGUGUGUUGCAUCUCUGCCAAGACUGUUUAUCUCACGUUGGUUCAAAAAUCAGCAGCAUCCUUGGAAUGACAUUUUAUACCACCUCUAGCCUGUAUCCCUGGCUUCUUCAACGCACGACUUUUUCUGAGUCUUGAAAUGUUAUCUUUGCCUCGCCAUGGCAUCUCGAUCAACCGCCAAUCUCGACCACCUCCCGACCGAGAUCCUGGAACAGAUACUUUUUUCCAUCACUGAUCUCCGAUCGAUUUACCACCUCGUCACGGCUAGCCCGACUGCAUCUCGCGUCUUCGAGUUCUCCGAAGUGGGACCCAAAGCUCUCGAUCAUGCUCUUGCCGAGUCGAUGUCACCCCAUGUGGUCGAGCUGGUCCGCCGCGUCGGCCUGGUCCGCACCGCAACCCCGGAGAAUUCACUGGCAUCGUCGCUCCAGGAUUUUGCCGAGAGGUACACCCAGUGCCCAGGCGGCAAGGACUCGUCUCUCAACUUGGCUGCCCCGAGCCUCGCGCGCUCCCUCCGCGGCCAACCUCCUCGGCUCGUCCGGGGCAUCCUCUCGACCGCGCGACGCAUCUGCUGCCUGGCGUGGGCUUGUCUCGAACACUACCGCAAGCAAUGGUCCUCCGUCACCCCAGCCCACCUCGAACGCGGCUUCGCGUGGGGCGCUGGUGGUGAGAAGCCAUGGCGCCAGAAGCCCCCUCCUGGGAAGCCGUACAAGCUACAGCCUGUUGGUCCACCUUGCUGGAUGGAGGAGCAACGCGUUAUGCGCGGAUUCUGGAGGUUGCAGCUGCUGAUCGACCUGAAGCUUGCAGCUUCCGAUGGCCGCGUGGACUGGGCCCUGGAGGACAGCCAACGAGAGGUGUCUCCCGAGAUUCUCUUUGCGGGCUGGACCUGGCAGAAAGAGGAGUUCCUCACCGUUGUUGACUUCGUUGAUCAUGUCCAGGGCGGUCCUGUUCUGACGCAAGGCUCUCAGCGUCUCCCGGCCCCUCCUCCAGACUGCAAGUCCGCAAAGAAGUGGCAAGACCCGGCUUUGCCAGGGGUGGUAGAUCCCAGAUGGUCACGAGAGGAAAUAUCAAAGGGACGGCCACCGUGCUGGACAUUAUACAUAGCCAGGCUCUUAAGGAAUCCAUUUUCACCCAUCCGCGGAGUUCCAUUCUGGCCGUACCGUCAGCUAGGACUAGCUAUCUGGGAUGAAGACAAGCUAGAGGCGCUAGAACUAUCGUACAAGUCGUAUGCCUCCAGAGGAAGUAAGGUGCCCACAAGUUCAAGCGACCAAGUCUUCACCUGGAGAAGCCUCUUGAGCCAAGAGCUCAUAGCCGAACUGCAGAGGAACUUGGAAGCGGACUUCCAGAAGAACGGUUUUCGAUUCAUGCCAAGCGAUAAUCCGGAUAUGUGAG